AGAAGUGUAGUUCGUGGUAAAAGCUACAACGUGGAUAUGUGUGUGAGGCAGCGGCUCUGGGAUACAGAGGUAUAGAGGAGAGAGCACGAGAUGCUGACAGAUUCCUGAUAGAUGUGCAAAAUGGCGCAAGCAAGUUCUACCCCUGCGAGCCACCAAUUGUUGUAGCUCGGAACAUGAAGAGCUAGCCGUAUGUCUGUUUUCUUCUGAUCGCCUCACGUUGUUUUUUCAAGUAUCGUAAUAUAUUUCAAAGUGAUUAAAUGGCUACCAGAAGGCUCUGCCUUGUUCCAUGCAUUUUUGGAUUACUCCUCAACGCUUUAGUCGGUGUGACAUCGGGAGCAGAGCUCUCCUUCACCCUGGAGCCCAGUGACAUCAUCGCGGUGCAGGAGCAGCCCCUAAUGCUGCACUGUCAGGUGGACGGUAUCCCACCAAUCACCACGCAGUGGAGGAGGAAUGGAAUCCUCCUGGUGGAUGACCAAUACUACACCAUGUUCCACAACGGCACUCUGCUGAUUGGACGCUUCCAGAGGACCAAGUCUGAUGGCUCAACUGAUGAAGGGGAUUAUGAGUGCGUGGGCCAGAACUCCUUUGGUCUGGUGGUGAGCCGCAGGGCCAGGGUGCAGGCCGCCACGAUGGCAGAGUUCCAUGUCCAGCCGCGGUCAGUGCGUGCGGAGGAGGCGGGCGUUGGGCGGUUCCAGUGCCAGAUUCACGGCCUGCCUGAGCCUGCCAUCAGCUGGGAGAAAGAUGGCCGCUCCGUGGACACUAAGGAUGAGAGGUAUACCCUGCUCCCCACUGGUGUUCUGCAGAUCACCGGUCUGCGUCAGGAGGAUAGUGGUGUGUUCUGCUGUGUGGCCCACAACAGUGCAGGAGUAAAGCACAGUGCCGGGGCUCGCCUCACCGUCUCAGUCUCCCAGUCUUCUGUUUACAAAGAGCCCAUGAUCCUCGUGGGUCCUGAAAACCUCACUCUCACCGUUCACCAGACGGCCAUCUUGGAAUGUGUUGCUACAGGAUAUCCCCGCCCCAUCGUGUCAUGGAGCAGGCUUGAUGGCCGUCCGAUAGGUGUGGAGGGCAUCCAAGUGCUGGGUACAGGGAACCUGAUGAUCACAGAUGUCGGGGUCCAGCACUCUGGCGUCUACGUCUGCGCUGCCAACAAACCAGGGACCCGUGUACGCAGAACCGCUCAGGGACGUCUGGUGGUCCAAGCCCCAGCAGAGUUUGUGCAGCCUCCCCAGUCCAUCUCCCGGCCGGUGGGCACCACUGCUAUCUUCACCUGCCAGGCGCAGGGUGACCCUGUGCCAAAGCUCACCUGGCUGAAGAACGGCCAGAUCCUGGAGCCUGGAGGGCACGUCAAACUCAGGAACAACAACACCACGCUGACCAUCUAUGGCAUCAGUCAGGAGGACGAAGCCAUCUACCAGUGCAUCGCUGAGAACAGCGCCGGCUCCACCCAGGCCAGUGCCCGUCUCACCGUGCUGUGGGCAGACGGCCUGCCAGGGAUGCCCAGUGUGGUGCGGGCCGAGGCCCUCUCACCCAACGCCAUCCAGGUGUCCUGGAAGGAGUCUGCCCAGAACACUCAGGAGAUCAUCGGCUACGUGCUCCACAUCCGCAGGACCACAGACCCUGUGGAGAUGGAGUACCAGGAAGCCGUCAGUAAGGUGACUCUACAGCAGGUCGUGGGUGAUCUGGAGCCCUCCACCGGCUAUACCUUCUAUGUGAAGGCCUACACGUCCCGCGGAGCCAGCAAGCCCUCCGAGAGCGCCACCGAGAGCACACUGGGCGAAGUGCCAGCACCCCCGUCACUGUUCAUUAAAUUGGUGAACAGCAGUGUGGUGCAGGCGGUGUGGGAGCCAUCCUCUAAGAUGGGCCAACAUGAGGGCUUCAGGCUGUACUACAGGAGGGUCCACACCCCCCUCUUCACCGGACCACUCACCUUCACCCGCAACGUCACCCAGUACAACAUCACCCAGCUGGAUCCAACCCUGGUGUAUGAGAUUAAGGUUCUGGCCUUCAACCAACACGGAGACGGCAACGCCACCAUGCGCUUCGUCUCACUGAAGGAGGCUGUGGAGAAAUCAGUGUUGAACACCCCCUGUGACUGUGUGAAGGAUGAACAGAGCAAGACCUCUACAGCCGGCAUCAUCAUCGGCAUCCAUAUAGGAGUCACCUGCAUCGUUUUCUGCGUGCUCUUCCUCAUGUUCAGCUACAGGGGGAGGUUGAUGACGUGUAAGACAGUGCAGGCCACCCCCCAGGUCGGGCGUAACAUUUCCCUAGAAUCGUCGUCCUCCUCCCAGGGGGCCCUGGCCUUAAACGGGGUGAGCAGGUCAGGCAUGGAAGUGAACGGAAGCGUUGCUGGGAAGAGCAGGGGAGACAGUAACGAGCUGGAGAGACUCUUCUCAGGCCCGUCCCACUGUGGAGACCUAGCUGACAGUUCACGCAUGUUGGAUAGAUCCCUGGUGUCCUGUGCGCUGAACGAGACCCAGUUGUCCACUCUGCCGUUGGAUGACUUCAGCCUUGUGGAGGAGGACAGAGAGACGCAGUUCCAGAGGCCUCCAGCAGAGGGCCGGGGGGCCAGUGACAGGGCUGUGGCCGGGGUCACCCAGCAGGACCAGACCUGAUAGAAGCAUGAAGGUCAAGUCUGUGACACGGUCACAGUGUCACCUCAGACUCGUAUCACACUCAGGUCGACCGAAGUAUUUCUUUUCAUAUUCGUUUUUCUUUGUGCAAAGAAUUGUAUUAUUGGUAAGUUAAAUAAGUCGCUUUCUGGAAAAGUUAUAGGGUCUUGGACUCGUUCUUGGAGGUCUCCCCGGCCUAGGUUUUUGGUGCGCUUUUGUGAUGGACGGCUAGGUUUUUACCUUCGGCAGGUGAAUGAUGUGUUCUUGUUUUUUUUUUUUACCUCCUUCAUUUCCUGGUUGCCGGCAGCACACGGAAUAGAUGUCCAGAAUGUCUUUGUUAUACACUCAUCAUUUUAUCUCAGAAUCAAAUAUGUUUUUAUUUCUCUACUAUCUCACUAAAUGGUAUUAAGUUAUUGGCCUUAUUUCUACUUUUUCUUUCCAUGUCAAAGACUGCUGCCUCCUCUUAGCCUAGCAAGGAUUCCACAAACGCAUCCAACGAAGACUAAGGCCUUCUUCCAGUGAUUUCAUAUAUUCUCUGUCUCAGGACUUUUAUUUUCAGUGAUAUCGUUUUUUUAUUUUUUUUAUUAGUUCUCGGCCUUCAUACAGGUUCUCUACUUUCUCUGUGAACCUUAGAAUUCAACAAAAACCUACCUCAGCCGGAAUGAAUGUGACGUGGGAAACCUUUUGAAUCCGUCUUUUCCCCUUGCGUUCAGUUACUUUUACAUGUAGAGCGAUCGGUUCGUAAAACACGAGAACAGGUGCCACGCUACCUCAGAUGUCAAGAACCGUCGCUCUCCUGCUUGUCGAAAGCCGGAAAAAGGAGAGAGAGAAAAAAUCUAACGGAAAAGCACUUCAAGAAAACGCUGAAGUCCACGUUCUACCUCAAGAUAACAAUGUUGUAGUUGUUCUUUCUUUCAUAAUGAAACAUGUACUUCUGUUGUGAGAGCUCCUGGCUUCCCUCCGUCGAUGAAUUGCUGUUUGUGGAUAUGUCAGUACCUCAUGCAAGUUGACAGAUGAUAUUGUUGUAUGUAUUCUACUUGUAAAGACAUUUUUCAGCGUUUUCCAUCGUGUUUGUCUGAGAUAUUUUGUCUUUGUUUUUAUUUGAAUCUUAGUUGCUUCUGUUGAUUGAAAAGACUGUUAGCGAUGCACUGCACAGCCACUAAUCAUUUCAGGACAGUUUUACUGCUAUGUGAGAACUGCUGCAAAUAUUCCAUUGGGCAGGUGAGGAUUUAGUUACAUUUACACUCGAUUGAGACAUACAUUAUAUGUGUAUUUAUGAAUGAUUGCGUGACGGAACUGUAUGUGUGCGCGCGUGCGUACUUGUCUGCCUGCCUGCGUGUGUGUGUGUGUGUGUUUUUGUGUGUGUACGCUAGAUACCGAGUGAAUGUGAUGUAUAAAGAAAAUGAAGCACAAAUGUAUCACAAUGUCAUUCUAGGCGUUGACAACCACAAAUGUUAAUGUAUCUGAUAUGAUACCAGGUAAUUGGCUCUUUAAUUGACAAUAGAGUCGUUCUAAUCUGAUUUUUGGCCUGCCUGUCACUCACUCGAAGCUGUGGCACAGUGCACUCCUUUGUUAUAUUUAAUCAGGGCUCAAAUCAAAUCAAUUCCCUUCUGUCAUAAAGGAAUAGCCCAGACUUCUCGGGCCUGUCCAUCCCAGAUCCCUCACUCCAUCCCUCCUCCACACUGACAAAUGAAAGUGCUUCAGGAAAACCUUUAUCACACUGCUGCAUGUAAAUCCAGAGGGAGAUGGUUUAACAGGUGGACCACAGCUAUUAACUCACAGGUCUGAGUUCAGUGUGCUCAUGCUGUCAUCUUCCUGAGCAAACACACAGUCAACUUGAUGUUAUUAGACUUGGAUCUGAUCCAGGGUCAGAUCUGGGACCACUGCUCCACCUGUUCCUCCAGAACCAUGCUCUCUGGAGCUGGAGCUUCCCUGAGGCAGAGCCAACCUGAGCCAGGCCAGUACUCUUACGGUAGCCUGGGUUAGGGCCGCUGUCCGACGGACCCCCUGUCUUCUCCCUGGCUCUCUCUUCUGUAGAGAUAGAUCCCCUAUGAACUCUAUGCUCUCUACUGUGUCUCAGUCACGUAAUGGCCUAAAGCAGUAUUACUCUGGUACCUACCUCAACCCCGACACGACAGGCCUGCUCUCAGGUUGCUCCUUCUCACACUUCUAUAUGUGCAUAAAUAUACACCACACACACACACACAAACGUAAUGACACACACACUCCUAGGGAAGGGAGGAUGUCUUCAGGGCCUUGUGGUAGUGCAUUUGUGUGACAGAAAAACAGUUGUUUUUGUCUUUAUGCUUAGCUUUUGUGGAUGUGAAUGUAUCACAAUUGUUUUUAUUACAUUUUUGUUGUAUCAGAAGCUUUUACGUUUUUGUUUUUCCACUCAACCUUGAAUGUCUUUGAACAUGUGUCUGUUAUGGACUAAUAAACGAGGACAUCAAGCACUCACUGCAAACUGUAGUACAGCUACUCAGUAUAAACUGUAGUACGGCUACUACUCUUUUACUCCCAGAACCCUCCUCACAGAUGAUCUGCAGCAACAGGUGUUUGUAAAUACAGAUAAUGAACAGUUACCAGUUCUCACCCCUGAUUUAUUGCAAGGGGUUUCUGCAGUUAUCAUACUCAAAUUGUGUCAAUAAAUGGAGUAACUCCAUUAGAUAUGAAAUACUGUACCUUUCAUAUAAAACCUCUACUGUGAAGACACACACAUAUUCCUACCUUCCUAGGCUGCAGUCAUCGAUUGAAUUGUAGUAAUUUGUUGGUCCAAUAUGUUUGAGUUAGAUCGUUUAGAGCAGCCAGUGCUCUCAUCCCUUUGUAGUUGGCUGAUUAGAGGAAGUGUGUGCAGCGCUUGGUCCAUCCUAGAUUUGAUAUGGUAACGACACUAGCCUGAAACGGACUGGUUAAAUAAAUGGGAUGUCUGUGUUAAAGCCGGGCUGUGGAACUGUGUUUCUAUUAGACUAUCUAUUGUACAGUUGUAAUGCACAUUACAUUCCAGAGACGUGUGUCAGUGUGAUCCUCCGGCAGAGGGUUUUUAUUGUGCGAUGCAGUAGAAGUCGUUGUUGUUAAUGCUUUGCAUUGUUGCCCGAAAACGUGGAACCAGAACUCACUUGCAGUAAUUCUGUACUUUGUGUUUGUUUGUUUCUUCACCGUACGUUUCUUUUAUUGUCUCGCGGGUCUUCAUUUCUGGUAUUGUUGUUGUACAUAUGAUGGUAGAUUUACAUUGCAAGUCUUAGUAAACAAUAACGAUAGUUGUCAAACUAGCAGAAAGAAAUGCCUCAAUGUUACACGCGUGUAUUUAUGAACUGUUGAUGUAAUAUUCUCUCUAGUGCUUCUUUAAAAGCGUAAAAGAUGUUUGUGAGGAGGGGUCUCUCCAGAGAAACCAGAGGUACUUUUUCUUAAUAAUUUACGGUUCAUUUCCGAUGCUGGAAAUUGCCCACAUCUCAUCCAUGAUUUGACAGGUUUUAGUGCCAUACAGUGCACAACUUAUUUACCCUUCACCCAGAAUGCCGAGCUGUAAAAUGGGGCGUCAUGUUUACAUGAUUGAUACGAUCAUUAUUCUCCCAGUGCUUUUACACUCCUAUAGAUCAAUGUUAAGAGCUGCCCUCUGUGAUCAACUGCUGAAGCUGCUCUGGUCUAUUCUGACUUAUUACCACUCCAUUGGCUGGUGAGAUGAGAUUCUCUCACUAUCUCUUCUCAGCCCUGCUUCUUCCUCUCGUGAGAUUCCCAUCCGCUGAGUUUGUUUCUCUGGACAAAGAGAGAGUGGGCUGACUGUGCUCAGGGAACGUCUAUCUAAUCCUUAUGUUGUAUUCGUCACAGCGGAACAUGGACUGGGCGCUCCACUAUGAGAGUCCAUGUCAUUUAGUACAAUCUUCCUCUCACAGUGCUCUGACUGUGCCCUAUUCAACCAGUUUAGGGGGAGGGACUGCCUUUUUUUGUUUAUCAACUAGGCAAAUACUCAAGGAGAUAAUCUCUCCACUUUCACACAUACUGAGCAGAUAAUGGUAAUCCUCCAUGCAUGAAGAUGUAUAGCCUCAGUGAGCCACGUAUAUAGGGAUUCAUGAAUGAAGUUCACAACCUCUCUUCUUAGUACGGUUUUGUCUCCUUUUGUCUCUCUUCCUUGCCCCUCUCUGUAAUGCCACCUCUCCCUACACACACACACACACACACACACCAGCGACACACACACAUCUUUGUAAAGAAAGGAGUGUUUGUCAGAAUUACCCCAGUGCCCCAGCUCUCCCCAGAGAGAAUCAGGGGAGAGACAUUAGCUGGUUUAUCUCUGGCCACACAAGGCUAUUGAGAACUGGAGAGUAAACACAUCAAACUGGGAAUCUGUAAAACAAACAUUUUUUUCUGUGUGACAAUAAUGUUACCAUUUCAGCUCUUUAAGCCUCUUCAUGAAAGGGAUUAAAUGUUCAACCGUUUUCUCUGUUCUCUAACCCAGCCAUGGAAGGCGAGGGGAAACUCUGAAACUACUGCUGGCCAUGUUAUUUUGUUCUUUUUUGUUUCUUUCUGUUUCUGCAGAUGCUAUACAUGCUAAUUAGGACUCCUGACAAGUUAGGAACUCUCUCAACUGGCAGUUGCUGACCAGUGGCCACAAAGGAAAUAGUCAAGUAUCUACCAAAACUAAUAUAGACACUUGCACAAUCUUGUAGAAGUGAUUGUUUGAAUUUUAGAUCAAGUUACUGUAGGAGUAGGUACUCACGGUAUGCCACACUGGCCUGACAUCUUAAAACAACGAAGGUAACCCUCUCCCCAAACUGGUUUGUGCCUGAGUUAGUAUCUUAGUAAGAGUUGUUGCAACACGUCCGUGAAAUAUGGUGUGGUGUCGAAGCUACAUGAGGUACAACUCCAAGUCUGUUGUAGAAACAGGAGAAAGGGAGCUACAUAUUGUAGGGACUUGGCGAAAACGAUUACAGCGAUAUCUCAUUGUUGACAUGUCUGACGAUGUAACCGACGAACAAGGCCUGUUGAGGGAUUGGCCUUUGUGUCAUGCUGUAACACCACACAGUUCAGAUGUAUUGAUCUGUUAAUAUGUGCUGUAUUGAUGACUGUGGCACCAAAUGACUAUACUUUUGAUUGUAAAUUGAUUACAUUUCUGGUGCUAUUAUCUCUCAGAUAUUCUCCCCCCCCCAAAAAAAAACUUGCUGACUGUACAUGUCAGAUAAUGCUGAUUUGAAGAUUUUCAAAUCAUUUGAAUUCUUGUCAUUUAAUGGUGAAUUAAUGGAAUUGUAACUUAACGCAUGUGUGAGAUCAGUAGUAUAUUUGCACCUCUGUCGAGAAACACGUUAACUCCAAUGUAUUUCAGCAUGGGCCACUGAGAGAAGUCGUUUUUUCAAACCAUAUCUUUCUCAGCUAUUCGCAAAUGUUGCUGUUUUAGCAGGCUGCUAAAGUGUUAGUUUGUCAUUAUUGGAUUUGUGAUGGUGACACUGUGACAUUUAGCCAUUGGAAUAGGGCAAAUAUUGUCAUCUCAACAUGGUGCUAUUGAUGUUUCUAUUCCACACCUUUGGUCUACAUAUUUGACAGUGUGUAUUUGCUGCAACUCUUUCUACUCAGAGAGACAUUGUUAUGUAUCACCUUGACUGCUUGUUGAUCCUCUUCAUAUCGUCUUACCUGUUAUUAUCACUCACGUUGUCCUGUUUGAUCCCUUUUCCACCACUACGAGAUGUAAUUGAUUCACCGUCAAAAACCGUAAAAUCCAGUUCAUGGUCACUAAACCGUGGAGACAAUAAAGCAUGAACCUCUCCAUACAAACGUUUUAUCAGCAUGUGUUCAUGUUAAAGCUUUAGAGAAGCAUGCGCUUCUGGAGAUACACACAGAGUUUGCACAGCUUUAAUCUACAGUACAGACCUGCGUUGUUACGGCAUCAGCAGGGAUACGAGAGCUGCUUGUAUCUCCAGGUAAACUUGUGCCAACUUACUGUAGCUACAGUUGAGCUUACACAGGUGGUAUUACUGUCAUAUUUGAUCUCCUCUUACCCAGUUUGGUUGGCAAUACUGACUGUAUGCCUCCUCACAAACCUGUGGCAUUCUCUCCACCAGGCACAGAAGCCUCCAGGCACAUCGCACAGGGCAAGGGGAAAAGGCUUUCUCGUACAGUUAUUAUGCGUACGACUGUCAAAGUCAUUGUUGCUACUGCUACUACCAUGCCAUUGGGUUAUGGUAUCGCUGCCAGGGUGCUAACCUAAACCAAAUGUCAAAUACAGUGCCCAGACAGUUUCUAUAGCCUCACUGUACUUUUAAUGGGGGCAAAGGCGCCUCGGUUUUUAGUGCUUGUGUUGGGUUUGAUAUAGGGACAGAGCUGGUGUGAUGAGAAUAGCCAGGCUAUGGAGAAGGAUCUAAGAGAGCACAAACCUGUACAGUAUAGUAUAAUCAGCUGCAUAUUGUCUGUGGGGAGCUGUUCAGUCACAUCUGUCUGUCUGUUUGUCUACCUGUGUGUCUGUCUGUCGGUCUAUACGUCUAUCCGUCUAUAUGUCUGUCUGUGUAUCUGUCUGUCUGUGUCUGUCUGGCUAUAUGUCUGCUGUGGUCAGUGCCUCUGCCUGCCCAAGUGUCCCACAAUCAAAUUCAGGUCAAUAUGAAAUGAUUUUAAGAGAUUUUAGAUCAUUUUUCCCAUCAGGGAUCACUUGUAUGUGUCCACAAAUGUGUGUUCUCUAUGAUACAGUAUCUGUAGUUGGUCGUGAUGGUUGGUCGUGAUUCACAUGUGUAUACAUAUGAAUAAUACUGUAUGUAUGUGUAUAUGUGUAUAAAGACAGACUAGAUAUUUUUUAGUGGUUUGUUUUAGAAGUCAUUGUGCCACGCUGAUUAAAGGCAAAAGACGACAACAACAAUGUUAAUAAACUAGCUCUAGUAAUUAAAA